GUGCUCCUUGCUUAUCACGAUUCACAUCGAGCUCCUACACUAAGCUGAGGAGGGCAAUUUGACGCCUAGGAUCCUCUCACACACCUGCUUGUUUAUUAUUUUUUUUAACACCUUUUCUUUUUUUUUCCUAGUUGAUAUUUUAUUUCAUUAUGCCAUUUUUCUUUUGAAUAAUCUUUACCUUAAAUUUUUAGGGCAUGAUGAAAGCCAAUGCAUUUCGAGUGCAUUCCUGCUGCUGCUGCUGCUGCUGCUGCUGAACUGGGACUAUGAUUAAUCAGCUUUGUUCUCAUGACACUCCUGCACUCACACAGUCUCAUCCAAACAGGAGCGAGCGGUGAUCUGUCCUUAACUUUCCUACAUCUUCGACGAUUCCAGCUGCAGCAGCAGGUACUCUGUGCACCUGAGGUGUAGAAGCAGCCAUGUGGAGCAGGAGCAGGAGCUGGAGCUGCGCGUCUCCUCUUCUCUUCUGCCUGCUGGCGCUCACAGCUCUGUGGAAAACCAGAUCAGUGAAUGCUGAUGCCACAUCUGAUGCCUUCAAAACCAACAUCACCCUGUUCACACGGAUCCUGGACAGUCUGCUGGACGGAUACGACAACCGUCUACGACCUGGUCUCGGGGACAGAGUAACGGAGGUGAAGACAAACAUCUAUGUCACAAGCUUUGGACCAGUUUCAGACACAGACAUGGAGUACACCAUAGAUGUUUUUUUCCGGCAAAGCUGGAAGGAUGAGAGGUUGAAAUUUAAUGGACCGAUGAAUAUUUUGCCCCUUAACAACCUGAUGGCGAGUAAGAUCUGGACUCCAGACACCUUCUUCCAUAAUGGGAAAAAGUCUGUGGCUCAUAACAUGACCAUGCCUAAUAAACUGCUGAGGAUUCAAGAUGAUGGAACGCUGCUGUACACGAUGAGGUUAACUGUGCAUGCAGAGUGCCCAAUGCACCUGGAGGAUUUCCCCAUGGACUUUCAUUCCUGUCCACUAAAAUUUGGCAGCUAUGCCUACACAAUCUCAGAAGUGACUUAUUCAUGGACUAGAAAUGCCUCAGACUCUGUGGUGGUGGAAGGAGAAAGCUCCCGACUCAACCAGUACGACCUGCUUGGACAAACGGUCGGACAAGAAACUAUCAAGUCGAGUACAGGUGAAUACACAGUGAUGACGGCUCAUUUCCAUCUGAAAAGGAAGAUUGGCUACUUUGUCAUCCAGACUUACCUCCCAUGCAUCAUGACUGUCAUUCUUUCCCAAGUGUCUUUCUGGUUGAAUAGAGAAUCAGUGCCAGCAAGGACUGUGUUUGGUGUAACCACUGUCCUCACAAUGACAACACUCAGCAUAAGUGCGAGAAACUCCCUUCCCAAGGUUGCUUAUGCCACUGCCAUGGACUGGUUCAUCGCCGUCUGCUACGCCUUUGUCUUCUCUGCUUUGAUUGAGUUUGCCACAGUCAAUUACUUCACAAAGCGUGGCUGGGCUUGGGAUGGAAAGAGUGUUGUGAAUGACAAGAGAAAAGAAAGAGCGUCCGUCGUCAAGAAGAAUAAUGCCUAUGCUGUAGCAGUGGCCAACUAUGCGCCAAACAUUACCAAGGACACUGGCUCACUUCCAACCAUCGCCAAGGGUGGAGCUGCAGAUUUCAACAAGGCCAAAGCAGAUGGCAAAGCUCAAGAAGCCAAGAAGACGUUCAACAGUGUUAGCAAAAUUGACAGGAUGUCAAGGAUUUUGUUUCCGGUUCUCUUUGGCAGCUUCAACCUUGUCUACUGGGCCACCUACUUGAACAGAGAACCCGUUAUAAAGGACAUGGUCCCCUCCAAUUAAAGACCACUUUCAACAAGUUCUGUUGUGGGGACUAAGAGACAAACCAAAUACCUCCAACAACUGUGUACAAAUACCUUUGCAGAGUGAAGUUCUGGAUUUCAGUGUGAUCCACAAUCUCCGCCUGUUUUCUACACCGUCUGCAGCACUUUUGAGAAGUCUGGCUUUUGUAAAUCUGUAUGUAUAUUUAUAUUCAUGGUUUCAUUGUGACAUAACCGUGUGAUACUUUGACUAGAGUGCAUAUUUCCUUUAAAGUAUGUUUCCCGUUACAGUAUGUGACCAGUGUACAUACAAAAGAAAAGAGAAGAGAAGAGAAGAAAAGAAAAGAAAAAAGGAAAAAAAAGAACAUUAACAUGCAUACAUUUCAUUUACAAUUACUUCUAAAUGUGUUGAAUUUUGCUGGUAAUGCCCUGAUAUUACAGUAUCUAUGUGUGUUUUCUUUUGAGUGAAAGGGAUUGCUUACAUUUCUUUCUGUCUUUGCCAACAAAGAGUGGUAUUUUUCCGUUCAAGCCAAUGCAAAAACAAACUUGUAUAAUAUUGUUAGAGUGUAAGAGUUGUUUUAUUAUUUAUGACUACAGAUAUGGGACUGAAAUCACACACUGACCUCCAGAGCUACAAAAAGCCAAAAGGCUAUUAAAAAAGGAGAUGACACUACAAAAUAAGUGUGCUGUGUUAAUGACAGUCCUGCCAACAUCAAAUCAGGGAUAUCUGGGAUUGUAGGAAGUAAAGACAUUCGGAAAAAGUAUUGUGUGUCGAGAUGUUACAAGCUAAACCUCAAUACAAAAUCAAAACCAAUUAUUAACGAUUGAUUUACUUAGACAAAGAUAUUAUUUCUGUUUGUGAUGUAAAAUCCAAAAUGGAAAAAAUACAUUUGAAUACAAUUACAAACAUUUUACUUAGACAGAAUAGAGGUCUAUGAAGUUCAUCUGUUGUGAAUCAGAGACAAUAAAAACACAAUUAACUUAAAUACCCUGAAAUUUGUUUGAAAUCAUGUUUUGGCCAAGCACAAAAAACAGUGAUAUUGCAUUUUUUCCAGUAUUCAGUCAAACCUGUUUUGACAAUAAUACCUGGAUAUGAUGAUUAUAUAUAUAUAUAUAUAUUUAGAUAAUUCAUUGAAAACAACUUUGAGUUUGAAAUUAGGCUGGUGAAAGUGGUGAAGUAAAAACAAACACAGUAAAUGUGACUGCAAGAGGAUAAACAGCAACAUAGAGCUGCAGGGUUUGUGGAUACAUUUUGUGUCGAUUAACAAAAAAAAGGUUGUUGCUUCACAAGCAAAACAUAUUCAGUUUUAUUUUGUUAUUUUAACAAGAUUCAAGUCCAAAUAUUUUAUAUGUUGUGUACUACAUUCAAUUACAUGAACUGUGUCUAACUAACAUCAGAAAACUCAUUUGCAGUGUGUAUGUGGCAGGAUUUUUUUACAGCGGUAAUAACUGUGGAGGUCAGUGUUGAUUUGUUACAGUGUCGAGCUUUAGAUGACGUAACAUGUUUUUUGUUAUUUAUCCAUGGUCUGUGUGUCUGUCUGUUUUCAGCACAUUUCAUGACGAUGAUGUGUGAAGUGAAGUGAAUCAUGUGUGGAAAUACUUUGAACUGUCGCGACACUCCGCCAACAAAAUCAACAGAUACAGGCAGGAUUUGGUAGCAAAUUAAUAUUUAUUUAUUUAUUAUUGUUGAAUUAUCAUAGAUGUGUAGUGUCAUUUCACAGUCUUUAUAAUGACUGAUGCUGUAUACACUAAAACGUUGGACUAACUCUAAAGCCAUAUACUGUCUUAUCAGCAACAAUCCUUCAUCAGCAACUACAGUGUCUGUAUGUGUCUGUUUUUGUUUUUUUUCCACUGUGUACUCCCACAGUGCCAACUUCAAUUGCCUGUAGAUGUGAAUCUCGCCUGAAUGGUUGUUUGUCUUUGUAUGUUGGUCCUCUGAUAGACUGAUGACCUGGCCAGGGUGAAUGCUAUGUCUCAUCCAAUGUCAGCUGGAAUUGGCUCCAGUUCUCCAUGACCCUCAAAGCAUACGUGGAAUAGAGGGUGUGUGAAUCUGUUUUGUCCACGAUACACUAUAGUUGCUCUGUCAUAGUAGUCUGCUGCCAUGUUAACUGAAUUUUGAUAACAAAAACAAAUCAUUUUGAGCCCCAUAUCAGUAGCCAUACACUGAAAGGUUUUUCUUAAAGUCAUAUGAUUUUUGCUGCACAUCAAUAUUUCAACUGAGUUUAACUUCAAUUUCAAUGUCAUAUCAAACUUUGCAUGAUGACAAAAUCGUUUUUCCCUAUUUAUUUUUUUUUUUAUCAAACUAUGUUGUUGCAUAUACUUCAUUUUAAUUCAGUUCUAGUCAUAUUCAGAAUCAGUAUCAAACAUUCCAGAUAAAAUGAUUGUUCACAAGGUGGGUGCUUGAUUCAGUGCACAGUUUCUAAUAAAACCACAUAUAACAGUA